AUGACAUCAAGUGAUAGCAGUAGUACCAGUACCAGCGGAGGUAGUGUCAGUGGUGGUGCUGGUGGGGGUGGCAAUGUUUCCACCUGCUCCACCGCCACUUCACCCUACUUGUCAUCAUGCCGCUAUCGCAAACGUUCGGUGCGUAGUAGCAACAGCAGCAACAACAACGGCAAAAAAGUCACCAUACCUCUCGAACAUGGUUGUGAAGAUAAUUGGACCUGGAGUCGGCGACAUCGUUCCAAAGAAAUUGUACUAAUCGAUCAAAAUGAUCGUACCGUAUAUUUUCAUCCGAAUUGGAGUAAAGGUACUGCGGGAGUUCAAGGUAAACGUCCCCUGAACAAUGGUCGUUUCUAUUGGGAACUGCAUGUAUCACAGCGUAUUUUUGGCACCAGUAUAAUGUUCGGAAUUGGUACACGAAAGGCACGGCUGCAUGCGAAUUCUUUUCGGAAUCUAUUGGGUGAAGAUGAACACGGUUGGGGUCUGUCGCAUAAAGGUGUCCUAUGGCAUAAGGGCGUAGCUCUAAUGUAUACGGACCCUUUCAAGGAGAAUAAAGCCACCGUGGUGGGUAUUCUAUUCGACGGGAUUGAGGGUACCCUGACCUAUUACAAGGAUGGCAAAUGUUUGGGUGUGGCAUUCCGCGGAUUAGAUAAGAUCAAAGAACCCCUUUACCCCAUUGUAUGCUCAACGGCGGCCAAAACCGAAAUGACCCUUAAGAAUACACAAAGCGAUAUUGGUCGCCUACAAGAUCGAUGUCGUGCCGAAGUUAUGAAACACAUUAAAUCACGAGAUGAUCUCAGUAAACUAAAAUUACCAUCGAUUAUAACGAACUAUUUGAGUGAAGCCUAUAACGAUCAUGUGCCACUGCGGCAAAUCGAUAAUUACGAUAUGUUGUUUGAUUUUUAA